UAUUGUCAGUGUAUCCUAAUAGUUUGUGUAAUACAUUCUAAAUUAGAUAUUUCUUUCUAAAGGAACAUUUUGUUUGCUUUUUCUCAUUCUUUGCUUUUGUCAUUUAACACAAUUAUAUGACUUUAAACUACUUUUUCUUCCUUUUUAAAAAACAUAACAUGAUAUACUUUUUAAAACAAAAAGUAUGCUCUAAUAUUUAUUAUUAUUAUUUACUUUUAAUUUUUAGACUUCAAACCAUGUUGAGGAGCCUGGAAUGGGCAAAGGGGAGGCUUCUACAUACUCAGGCAGCAGAUGAGAUAAUCCAUGAAGUAUCUGAUUUUAUUCAGGAGAUUCAAACUUCUGAACCGAGAGCACAGGAAGACAGCACUGGAUAUCGACCUCCACUGAGUCGUAGUGGAUCCAGAGGCGCACCGUCUUAUGUUAUUACUCAGGAUCAAUUGUUGUUUUUGUUGUCUUGUGGCUUCACUGAAACACAGAUUGCACAUAUUCUACACACCUCCAUAUCUACAGUCAAGCGACGUUUAAGGUGCUUCAAUCUGUUGCAGUCUGCCUCAUACUCAGACGUAUCUAAUGCAGACUUAGAUGAAAAGAUUAGGGAUCUAGUGGCUGGAAAUGACCAACUUGGACCAGAGGCAGUUCGAGCACAACUGAGGACAGAGGGAAUUCGGGAUCAGAGGUGCAGAGUGAGGAGCAGUAUGCAUUGUGUCAACCCAAGGGCUACAGCUCUCAGAGCAAUGUCUCAGCGACUACGUAGAAGGUCCUACCGUGUCGCAGGACCUAAUUCUUUAUGGCAUCUUGAUGGAAAUCACAAACUAAUACGAUGGAGGAUAGUAAUUCAUGGUGCCAUUGAUGUCUACAGUCGGCUCGUCACCUUUCUCCGUGCAUCUAACAACAAUCGCAGCAGCACUGUCAUGAACUGCUUCUUGGAUGCCAUUUCCAAAUAUAGAGUCCCUUCCAGAGUAAGGACUGACCAUGGUGGAGAGAACAGUGCAGUGUGCUUGUUCAUGAACCUGUUCAGAGGCACCGAGCGAGGGAGUGCUCUUAGAGGAAGAAGUACACACAAUCAGAGGAUUGAAAGACUUUGGGUCGAUCUGUGGCGUGGGGUGUCAAAUGUGUACUAUGACCUUUUCCACUUUCUUGAGAGUGAGGGCAUUGUGGAUGUAGAUAAUGAAAUGCACAUGUGGGCUCUGCAAUAUGUCUACAUCCCAAGAAUUAACAAAGACUUGACAAAUUUUACACACCAGUGGAACAAUCAUGGUUUGCGAACCGAGAGACACCAGUCACCUCUACAAAUCUUUGUCCAGGGUUGCCUGGCACAACAGAGGCUGCUAAGUACUGCAAUGCAGGAGAUAUUUGCAUCAAGACCCUCAGACUCCAUUGGAGGAGAGACUAAUCCAGUAGACCUAAUUGGUGGUGGCAGUCAUUCUGUAUCAGGAGCGGUAUCUCAUGUGCAUUGGCUUGAACGAGUUACCGUACCUCCAAACCAGUUCACUGUGACCGAUGAUGAGAUGCAGCAACUCGCAGAACAAAUUGAUCCACUUGGAGGUCCCCGGGAAAAUCUUGGAAUAAAUGUCCUUAAAGAUUUUUCCUUUUGUGGAAAACCUAAGAAUGUAAAUUGACAUUUAAUAGUGUUUCACUUAGCAUGUGUCAUGUUCUGAUUGGUUUCUCCCCCUCUGCUUUCCUGUCUCAUUUAUAUUUUAUGUGAGGGCUAAGUCAUCUUCUCAGUACAAAAACAUGUAUACAAAAGAAAUUAAAAUAAAUAAAUAAAUCACACUGUAAGUCACAUCAAUAAACAACUAUUUAUUGUAAUUAUGAUGUAAAUUUCAUUAAUUUGUAGUGUAAUCUGAAUACUUUCAGAUGUGCAUUCUAAUCAGAUAUCACAAGACAGAUCAGAACUGGAGAAAAGGACAAAAUUCAGCAACACCUGCAAAUAUCAAAAAGCAGUAGUAAAAAUGUGUAAUAAAAUGUCCAUAAUAUAACUUUAUAUAACAAUCAGAGUGCGCAC